AUGGAGGCGUCUAGUUACCAUAUCGGUCAGCGACUCAGUCUCAAGGGCCAGCUCUGUACUAUUCGAUACAUUGGUGCCGUCGCCGAUAAGCCGGGAGACUGGCUGGGCGUUGAGUGGGACGAUCCAACGAGAGGGAAGCAUGAUGGAACUCAUGACGGAGUGAGAUAUUUUGAAUGUACGCUUCAAGACUCUCAAUCAAAGAACGUAGCAGUUUCGAGCUCACGACCUAGGCAGAAACACUUCCAAGUCAGCGGCUUCAUUUCUGAAGUCCAAGCAGACAUGGGACCGACCAAGGUCAUUCUACCAGGCUCUCCGGGAGAAAUACAUGCCCGAGCAUGCAGACACCGCAAGCGAGAUCGUAUACUUCUCCAGCAAAAGGGCUGAAGAAGUUGGCUUUGAGAAGUUCGCGAAACGACAGGCUCAGCUCCAGGGCAUCCACACUAUCGUGCUGGACUAUAUGCAAGUCCACGGUGAGAUAUUUGAGAGCGAAAGAUCGGCCAUCUCAGAGACUUGCGGCCAUGUCACAGAACUCGAUCUCGGCAGCAAUCUCUUCGAAUCUCUGGACGAAAUCAUGGCACUGUGUGCACUUCUUCCCAAGCUUUCGAGACUGACGCUUGAUGGCAACCGGUUCACUGUGGAUUCAUGUCAGCAAGAUGCGCUCUCUGGAGUGAGAAGCUUGAGUCUUUCCAACACCUGGCUGACAUGGCCUGAAAUUUGCACGGUUGCGACCCACUUUCCAAACCUGACAGAGCUGCUUGCAGCACAAAAUGGACUCAAACGAGUUGGCCCAGACCCCAUGCCAAAAAACCUGAAGCGAAUGGUACUCUCAGGAAACGAAUUUGGCACCCUGAAUGACCUCGAAAGCCUCGCUCAGUGCGAACGCUUGGAGGAGUUGCUACUGAAGCACUGCCACGUAUCUAUGGCCCGUACGGGAGAACGCCCAUUGAGCGAGACCAUACGGUCCAUUGAUCUGUCACAUAACCGCAUUGUAUCCUGGACGUUCUUCAACGUCCUCGAGGAAGCUUACCCGAACCUCAAACAACUCCAUGUUGGUGGUAAUCCACUGUACAAGGACCUCAAGUCUGCGGAAGGUCGAGCGCUGACCGCGGAGGAUGGCUACAUGCUUACCAUCGCACGUCUGCCACGAGUGGAAUACCUCAACUACAGUAAAACCACAGAGAAAGAGAGACUCAAUGCUGAGGUUUACUACCUCAGUCAGGUCGCUGCGCACUUGACUAACACGCCGGCGGAGAAAGCUUCAGACGUGUUGCGAGAACAUCCACGCUGGAAGGAGCUGUGUGACGAGUAUGGCGAGCCCACCGUAGCAAAUUUACGGAAAGAAGAUCAGCUAGACCCUGGCAGCCUAGCGGCACGGCUUGUCAGAAUAUAUUUUGUUCUUGCUGCAGAGUCUCUGCCUGAUCUUUCGGCCCGUACCUGGACAGAGGAGAUUCCUAAAUCUUUCAACAUCUACUCUGUCCUAGGCUUGGUGGGGAAGCGACUAGGUAUCGUGCCAUUCGAAUUGCGUCUAAUAUGGGAGACUGGUGAAGAGGACCCUGUCGGCAAGGCCGCUGACUAUGCCGGACCCGAGUGGUGGGAUAGCAGCGACGAUGAAUGUGGCCCGACUUCUAAGCUUGGAGAAUUUGUGACCAGAGAUGUCGAACUUGUCGCCAGCACCCGAGCAAUUGGGACCUACUUCGAAGGGAGGGAGGCACGCGUGAGAGUGGAAGCGAACCCAUGA